ACGAUAACACUGACGAAUAAGAUGUUCACAUACUUGAAUUUAAAUCUGGGUUGUUGUAGACAACUUAUGUCAUAAAACAUUCACAAAUUACCUAUACUCAGUGAUGAAAACUAAGUUUUAGUGAUUCAGUAAUGGUCGACAAAUUGACCCAAGAGCAAAUUUCGGAAUGCCGAGCAGCCUUUCGUCUGUUUGACAAGGAUGGAGAUGGUACAAUAACUACGGAAGAACUUGCAAUAAUAAUGAGAUCUCUAGGCCAAAAUCCUACAGACAUACAGUUAAAAAACAUCAUAGAUGAGGUCGACACAGACGGUGAUGGUACUGUGGAUUUCCAUGAAUUUCUAACUAUGAUGUCAAAACAACUGGCGUCACGAGACACAGCUGGUGAAAUUCGGGAAGCCUUUAAAGUCUUCGAUAAGGAUGGAGAUGGAUUUAUUAUUGUAGAAGAAUUCCGGGAAAUCAUGGGAAAUAUGGGAGAAAAAAUGACGGAGGAAGAGGUAGACGAGAUGAUACAGGAGGUCGACAUGGACGGAGAUGGACGAAUUUAUUGUGAUGAAUUUGUGAAAAUGCUGACAACGAAGUGAAUCAUCUGAAAUGCCAUGUUGAUAUAUACUGUUGUGGCAUUCACAGCCCAAGCACUAACUUUAUAACGAUAGACUUAUUGUAUCAAGUAAUGUUUAUAAUUUAAAAGUGUAGCAAUAUUUUAUAUGUAAUAUAUGUAAUAUUAAUAUUUUUGAUUUUUUUUAAAUGAAUUUUUACAGACAAAUUUUGAACUAUACCUCAGUGGUAUAGCGAAAAAAUGUUAAAACUUUCUGAAAUUAACAAGCAAAAAACUUUUAUAUUUUCCAAUGAUCGGUUCUUUUUAUUUUCAUUUUCUAAUUUUAAUAUUAUGUGUUAACAAAAGUAGGGAUAGGUGCAUUGUCCAUAUUGUCUCCCGGUUCCAUCGACCAUGAACUCAAAUACACGCGCA